AUGUUCACACUCUCUCUCCUGAGCCGGGGACACGGGAAGUUGGUCCAGAACAAACAGAAAUUAGAAGUCUAUUUUGAACCAGAGGAUUACUUGAACUGGAAGUCUCCAGAAGAUUAUGUACCAGUCAGGAAACUUCAGGAUGGGGACAAUGCCAAUGACCACUCCUGCAGCCUCUUUCUUCCUAAAACUUUCAGCACUAGAAAGGGUGCCCUGAUCCUCUAUUCAGAAAGUUUAGCCACAUCAGCAUGGAUGCCCCAAGGGAGAAGAAAAGGCUCCAGUGGUCCCAAAGGUCACUGGAGGAGGCUGCACACAGUUCAAGACCUCACAGAAGCCAUCCUAGCAUAUGGAAGGAAACAGGGGGAGCAGGACAGAGCCUGGCAACCGUACCUCUACUUCCAAAGCCAGCUGGAGAGCCAGGCCCAACGGCAGAUCCAGCCCGGGUAUUCGGCCAAGAGAUACCUCCGAGACCUGUUGCAGACGUGGCCCAUUGACACCAUAUGCAGGCUUCAACGUGCAGGAUACAUCAAAGAUUCUGUGCCGCUCCAGGACAGUCGACUCAGUGUACCAAAGACUCUCAGGCCACAACAGGAUCUUUCAGCCGUACCCCCAAAAUAUCAUCUCCUGCCUGUCUUCCCUCCAUUUUGGAUUCAACAAGGAAAAUCUUUUGAACAAGGUCAACAGGGCUCGGAUGAAGGGCAAGCUGGGACUGGUGGACACGUGGACCACAGCUGUGUAGCCCAGAACCUCAGCAGCCGGAGGCCACUCAGGAAGCAGCCCUGGCAGGAAGACAACACCUGGGUAGAGGACACGUCAACAGAGAAUCAGCUUCAUGUCUAUGCUUCAAAGGCAAGCCACAAUGAAAAGACACAGAAAACCUCCAGGAAGGCCUUUAGGCGUGCCCACAUUGAUCCUUCUUGGCUCCUGAGUGACAAAUCUCAUGUUACAUUCUAUGGCAGUGGCUUCCCUAAUAGGAAGGCAGAUCUUAGUGAUCAACAAGGGACUAUAAAACUCCACAAGGCCAGAAGUGGACACUUGCCACAGGAACCUCCUGCUGAAAGAUGCCUUUUCCCUCCUGUAGUAUCUGCUAGAGUCUCAAAGAAAAAUGCCCCUGGGGAAGUGAACAAGAAAAAGGCACCAAAGGCUUUGAAAUUACCUUCUAUCUCAGAAGAACCACCCAGAGUCCUGAAGCCCCCGAGGAGCCAAUUUAAAGCAAAUGAGCCCCCAACAGAGCUCUUCAUCUUCCCAGUGGAGAUUCAUUUCCACACCCAACACCUCUCAAAAGAAAAAGUCUGCAGAAGAGGUGCUCCACACCCUGAGUCAGAACCAGAAACAGAAGAGGCCAGGCCUUUGUGGAGGCCUCCCCUGAAGCACGCGUCCUUAGAAAAACCACGGGAGUUAACAGUGUAUCUCCCAGUGGACACGGGCAGAGACGGGGACAUCUUCUCAUCUCAAGGUGAUGCUGCCCCACUCCAGAAUAUGGCCUCACCACUGGGUCUUCUACCCCCAAUUAAAGGAAGAAAAAGUGCAGAGAGUCAGGAGGACCUGGACAGGGGCCCCAGGACAUCAGGCUGCAGCCCUCUAGAUCACCUGAACAUGAGAGAGCCUGGGAGGGCACCACCUGCAGGACAAGAAGAUUCCAGAGAUCCCACACGGCAACACGACUUGCUGGGUCCAGAUGGAGAGAAUGUCUGCCUGUCCCUCCCAGGGCCUACCCAAACUGAGCUGCUUUCAUCAGGUGAAGAUAUGAGCAUAAAAAUAUCUUGGUUCCAAUUGGUCGACAACCUUGAUCCUUUUUCUCUGAUUUUCACCACAGCAAACAGUGAAUCCCGAAUCAAUCUUCACCUGAAUCUUCAUGAAACCUCACGUUUGACCCAAACAACAGAGAAGCAGGGAGCCCAGCAGUCCUUGGAGGCAGCAGCUCAGAAGACAGGAGAGCCUCAAAGUUGUAUAAAUAAAAAGCUGAUAUGUUCAAAUGGAAAAGAAUUUUACCCGCGAAAGCUGCACAUCGACAUGACGCCGUUCCUGAAGGACAGUGAAGAUGCACUGGACUAUCAUGAAGAACCAGAGGAAUCCCCCAGAGAAAGUCAUCAAGACAGCCAAGACCCAGAGCCAAGGAGUGUGAGCAUCAGCACUCUCAGUGCUCCCCUGGCUGAGCACAUCCAGACUCCUGAGGCAGAUACUGUGCAAAAUGGGGGUGAAAAUUAUGAUGCACAUCACUUACACAGAGAAAUUCCAGGACAUGGGCCUGAGUCACCACAGAAGUUGGGUGCUGUGGAUACAUCUGUCUUUCCAAGAGAAAGAGAAGGAAAGGCUGAACCAAGUCCAUUCGGCCAGCAGACAUCAGGCAGCAUCAGUCAUGAAAGGGAGUUGAACAACAAAGCCAAGGGAAGGAAAAGAACCAAGACAGACAAGAUCAAAGCACCCAAAAGGGAGCAAGAAGGACGGGUCUUCAGAGAAGCAGAGGCUGCUGUGGGAAAGUCAAAGGACUCAAACACUAAACAAAAAUUAGGAAAAAAAACAGGAGCCAAAAGGAAAAGGACACAGAAGGCAAGGAAUCUGGCGAUAGGAGGAGCAGAGCUGAGUGGGCCUGAUGUCAUUAAUUCUAAGGAAACAGAAGAUGCCUCAGACAGAGGUUUAUUCCCUUCAGAUUCUGUUGUAGAGGACCCUUGGCUUUCUCCCAAAUAUGAUGCUCAGGACAGUCAAGUUGUGAUAGAUGGAAAAUCAUCACCCUCCCAGACCCAGACAAUAACUGUCACUGGCAACACGGGAUCUGAAGAAGAGAGAAGCUAUGACGACCCUUCCAAGGCCCUCCUCUUUAAGAGGGAGCAGAAAGAUUCCCGGGACAGGCUUCGAGCAGAAAGGGCCAAGAUGAGGCAGUUGGAAGUGGAGAGGAAAAGAAAGGAGCAUGAGGAGCAGAGGCGGCUCAAGCAGGAGCAGCUGGAGAGAGCAAAAAAGAUGGAGGAGGAGCUGGAGCUGGAGCAACAGAGACGCACAGAGGAGAACCGCUUGAGGAAACAGAGACUGGAAGAAGAACAGCAGCAGCAGGAGGAGGAGGAGAGAAAGCAGCGGCUCCAGCGGCAAGCAGCCCAGGAGAAAGCCCGUUGGCAGCAAGAGGCGUUUCGGAGGAAACUGCAAGAACUACAGAGAAAGAAGCAACAAGAAGAAGCUAAGAAGGCUGAGGCAGAGAAGGAAAGGCAGAAAGAAUUAGAAAUGCAGUUAGCAGAAGAACAAAAACGUUUGAUGGAAAUGGCUGAAGAAGAACGACUAGAGUACCAGCGGCAGAAACAGAAAGCAGAAGAGAAGGCUCAGCUGGAGGCAGAGGAAAGGAGGCUAAAGGAGGAAGCUAUAAGGGUAGCCCAGGAGGAAGCCAUGAAACAAGCUCAGGAACAAGCCAGGCAAAAAGCUGCAUUGGAGAAACAUCUUCAUUUCUAUGAAGAGCUCCGUAAGGAAGCCAGUGGCCUGCAGUGGACACAGAAUAUUUCCAGACCAUGGGUUUACUCUUAUUUCCAGUUCCUACCAAUACCCAGGCCUUAA